AAAUCUUCCUCUUGCUUUCUGGAUCCAGGCAUGGUCUUUCUUUUUCCGGUACAUGUUUGCUUUUCUUCCCCAAGAUCCAUUAAACCUCAACCGCAAUUCAAUCUCUCCAUUCCAACGGAAGAGAAAGAAAAUGGGAAAAGAGAAGAAAGGAAGAUCCACAGCACUUUCGUCCCCCACAUAAUCUCGUCCAAUUCCUCCACUCGCAAGUUAUUCCUCAUCCCCGUUUCUUCCAGAAACACUUGACCUUUUUUUUUCAUUUUUUCUUUUAUUUGUUUUUUGUUGACAGGUAGGAAAUAUACCAGAUCGGCAUUGUUCUCGCUAACUAACUAAUAUUCCCACCAUUGUGUUGGCUGUUAUAAAUAUGCCAGUAAGCAUGAACUGCUCAGUUCUUCCGCUGAUAAUUAGUGGAUAAGCCAUGAUGAGGAAUGCAUGGGCAUACUUGUUUCUUCAGCUAGUUUAGUCAUGCAUAACUGCUAUUUACAGUUCUGUCUUUUCCCUUCAUGGCUGGUUUAUUCUAAAUAUUUGAGUAGAUAUUUCAAGGAAUUGGAUUCUGCAUUUGUAAAUACUUAUGUUACUGUAUGGAUUUCGCUUGAUAACAGAUUGUGAUUGCUUUUAAUUGCUGAGGAAGUACUCCUCUUGGCUAGGUUUCAUUUUCCCAUUAAAUGCUAAUAUCUUGU